UUCAAAUUUAGUUAGUUUUUAGACUGACUGAAACUGGAUGGAUUCUCUGGACCUACUAAGCCCUUAUCUGUUCAGACACAAAGGGAAGAACUUUGUGGUGCAGGAGGGAUUAAAACCCAAAGACCUUGAUGCUCUCCGGGACGUGGAUGUCCGUCCUACUGAUAUCUAUCUGGUCGCAUUCCCAAAGUCAGGCACACUAUGGAUGCAACAGAUUCUUGUCAAGAUCAUGGAUGCUGCACAUCCGGACCAGGUGGAAGACUCCACCAACAGGGUGCGGGUUCCCUGGCUGGAGGGCGGCGCUGUGGACAACUUUCAUCGAGAAAGACCAGAUCCCCGGCUUUACCGCACACACAUCCCCCCUGAAAUGCUGCCUCAUGGAGUGAAGGCCAAGGGAAUAAAGGUUGUGUAUGUGAUGAGGAACCCGAAGGAUGUCCUGGUAUCCCUCUAUCACUUCGCUCACAGUUGGGUCAUGUUGGAAAAACCAAAGAGCUUUGAAGAUUUCUUUCAGGACUUCCUUGAUGGCAAUGUUUUUAUGGGAUCGUGGUUUGAUCAUGUGAGAGAAUAUUACAAUCAAGAAGACCAGAUGGACAUCCUUUUCAUGAGUUAUGAAGAUAUGUUGAAGGACCUCAGAAGUGAAGUUGUGAAGCUUUGUGCUUUUCUAGGGAAAGAUUUGACUGAUGAAGCCAUCGAUGAUGUUGUGGAGAGUUCUACCUUCAAAAACAUGAAGACAAACCCCAACGCAAACUUCAAGGAUUUGGUUGAAAAAGAACGCUACCUAAAGGAAACCAUGCGCAAAGGUGUGGCGGGUGACUGGAAGAAUCACUUCACAGUGGCCCAGAAUGAGUAUUUUGACCAAGUGUUCACAGAGAGGAUGAGUGACCUGCCUCUGAGCUUCACAUGGGAGCUCAAACAGUAA